UACAGCUUCCGAGACCACAAUCAUAUCAUUUUCUGUGGCUCAUGUUGUGCGCGUGUUAUUUAUGUUUUUAUCGUGUGUUGCAGAUUAAUACAACAAAUUAGAUAGUAUUAAUAAAAUGUGAAAAAUAUUUGUAUCUGUGUACCAAAGCCAUACAACAUUUAAAUCUAUAAAUAUAUAAGUAGUAGGAGGGGGGUAUGAAAAUGGUACAUUUAUCAGGCAUAAUCUGUAUCAAGAAAGAGGGCGGUCGCGAGGAGGAGCCGACCAACGCGGCGGAAGCGGCACCGGGCCUGCGCACCGAGCACACCUGCUGCUGCCUCGGCGUGUUGGUAGGCGUCUCGCUCAUCGCCGCCCUCGUAGCCGUGAUCCUAAUGAAAGAUAAUAACGUCGAAGUAACCGUCUUACGACAAGUACAUGUGCUCAUGUCCCACGGUGAACGCACGCCCAGCGAACGUGAGUUGGCGAUGCUGGGGACUCCGCCGCCGGACCACGUAUUCGCGCCCUACGGUGCCGGUGCUAUUACUAAUGAGGGCAAAAUGUUGACUUACGAGAUGGGCGCAUUACUUAGGAAGAGAUAUAAUGACUUCUUGGGACCUUAUUAUGAGCAAGAAACCAGCAUCGUGAUAGCGUCGAACACGAAUCUAAGUAAGAUGACAGCUCUCCUGAUAUCAGCGGGGUUGUGGCCGCCACCGCAGGAGCAAGUGUGGAACGACACUCUCAGCUGGCAGCCGGUGCCGUACAAAUACCCACCGAGGGAUAAGGACUUUCUACUCUACGAAGAGAACUGUCCGAGAUACACACAAGAAAAGGAGAGAAUUUUAGACGCAUACAUAAAAGAGGGCUUGUUGCUGCCUUACAAAGACCUUUUCUACAAGAUCGCGCAGAUGACGAAUAUCAACUACAGCACGCCGCAAGACGCUUACUAUUUAAACAAUUUGUUCCUAAUACAGGACGAUAUCAAAGUAGCGAACCCAAAAUGGGCAAAACAUGUGAAAAGAAAAUUGAUCGCAGCCGCGCAUGUGGAGUACCAGAUGAUGUUUCACGACAAUUUGUUGAAGAAACUCAGUGGUGGGGCACUCCUUCAACAAAUAAUAAAGGAGGCGUCAAACUCCAGUUGGCGUGUGAUAGUGCGAACAGGCACCCCGGUAAACGUGGCCGCCCUGCUGGCCGCUUGCGUGGCAGCACCUCCCCGUAUGCCCGAUCCGGGCGCGGCGCUGCUUUUCGAAUUACACGAAAAGUUACCACAACCGAACGAAAAGAAUACGCUGACGUAUGAACAGCGCUUUGGUUUUAAGAUUUACUACUGGGACGACGAUUCGGCCGAGCCUCGCCUGAUGGAGGUUCCUGGCUGCAACGCUUUCUGCCCCCUAGAGACAUUCAAAGAACUCACCGCACUAAUGGUGCCGGUCGACUUUACCAAGGAAUGCGAAAUGAUCGCCACUUGAUAUGUAUAGUGAAUAAUGUAGUGUAUAGUGUGACGAAGUGCAUAAGGCUGUGUUGUGUAUUUAGUAUUAGGCUUUACAGCUCAGGUAAUAAAGCACAUACUUGUAUUGAG